CAGACUGUCCCCCGUUAUAUGCACUGUUCGUACAGAGAAGUCUUUACUUUCGCUGGUUCCAUUUCGCCUUUCUCCACUCAGCCUUAUACACCCAACAGCAGCUUCCUGAACCAACAGUUCUUGACGCUUUAAUAUCGGCCGGGACCCACUCACUAAGUCACAGCCGUCAUGGCGGAGCCAGUCUCCAGUAUUAUUACCAUAGCGACGGUGUCACUGGCAAUAAUCAAGGAGACCGUCACUUUCAUCAAGGAAGCUCAAGUCAUUGAUCAGUAUAUCGAGAAGCUGCUUUUCAAUCUUUAUGACCUUCACAAGCUCAUUAAGGAGGUAGAAUCAGCCUGUAGGCACGCCCGAUCUCGCGAAGAUGAUCCUUCCCGUUUCGUUCGUGAACACCUCAAACGAUGCCGUCGCCGACUUGAGGAGGUUCAAGCCACAGUCAAAGGGCUUGAAUCACGAAGUACAAACACUCUCUUGCAGAGGAUGGUUCUGAAAAUAAGAUCGGAUCGGUCCAAAAAGGAUAUUGAGGAUGCCAUUAAAGACAUUGAGCGUCUCAUGGACCAGAUUCAUAAGAGCAUCAGCUGUUGGACACUUCAUAUGACAGCGGUAAUCGACCGUCGUACAUCAGAAGCACUUCCUAUGCAACAAACGACCACAGUAAGAAGCGAACUAGAAGAUAUGAUGCAAGAUUCCAACAUACAACCUCCAAGUAGGACAUUAUCCCAAGCCGAGACGUUAUAUGAGCAUGAACUCGACCCGCCAACGCGGAGAACUUCAUCAUCAACCUCAGGCACUCGACUGUCUGUCUCAUCGACCACUUCGCGCAGUCGCCAGGCAUCGAUACCAGACCCUACACCCGCGAAGCCCAAUAGCGACUGGGUAGACUUCCACUUCCAAAUCGCAAAUUGCAAAGGCAAUGAUGCACGCCAUCAGGAUAUCCGUACAAUUCUUCGGCAACAUGCGGAAGGCUCAGCACUCGCAAAUUCAAUCGAUGGCGUGCAGCGAACCCCUCUACAUUUAGCAGCUCAACGUGGUGACAUUGAACUAGCACGGAUCUUGCUCGAGUUUGGGGCCGAUGUUAACGCUAAGGACUCUGAGCCUUCCACAGUCCUCGAUCUAGCUGUCUCACACAAUCGGCGCGAAUUCGUAGCUCUUUUGCUUGAUAACGGUGUUGAUGAAACAAAACUCUCACCCCGAAACAUGAAAAGGUUCAAGGAAAUGAAGAGUGUGGUCAACUUCAGCAAGAAUAUACCCAAAAGCGCACCGAAGAGAAAGAUGCAAGGACGGAGGGCUGGUGUUAUCCCAUUACGCUCUGGAUCCAGCUUCUGACAUCAAGCACCUUCUAACGCUUUGCGAGAAGAACCUGAAAUUACGCAAAUACCAGCUGCACGUGGCAAAUCAACAGUAAACACGAACACUGAGCCACCCAGCGGUUUAGAAUCGGCUAUGCAGGUCGCAUGAACCAUUGCCCAGAUUGAGGGGCUGUCCACCGGUCGUUGUACCACCACGCAGCUGGUCCCACAGUUGACCCCGCCUGUCCACUCCUGGC